GGCUAGGCUGAGCUGGAGGCGCGAAGGCUCGAAGAAACUGAAGGGCCGCUGGAGUUGCCCCUGCUCUCUGAGACAUAAAUUUGAAAUAAAUAAGGGAAAAGAACCCUGACAAUGUCUUUGGUAGUGUCAGAAUAUACCAUUGGUGGGGUGAAGAUUAUCUUUCCUUGCAAGGCUUACCCCUCACAGCUUGCUAUGAUGAAUGCAAUUGUUAAGGGGUUAAAUUCCAGGCAACAUUGUUUGUUGGAGAGCCCCACAGGAAGUGGUAAAAGUUUGGCGUUACUUUGUUCUGUAUUGUCAUGGCAGCAGUCUCUGCAUGAGAAGUCACUGGAUGAGUUCUCAUGUGAAAAGGAAUGCAAAAAACCAGAGACUUCAUUGCCAUGUCACUGUAGAUGCCAUUCCCAGGCUGUGACUAAUGACACUACUGCAGAUGUGAACCAAGGUGCUUCUUGUUCUUUCACUAAUUGUAAAGCAGCAACUUCCAUAAAAAGUGAAACACCAUCAACAGACAAAGAACAUAAUGCAAAAGUCACACUGUCUUCAAAAUUAUCUGCAAAGAAAUGGGCAUCUUUACAUAGAGAUGAAAAUGACGACUUUCAAGUGGACAGGAAAAGGAUACGUUUAUUAGAAACUGAGCAGCAGGUAAGAAAACGUCAUUGUUUUGCAAAGGGAGUGCAGUUUGUUGAUGCUUUGGAAGUUUAUCAACAGCGAAGAAAUGGGGAACUGACUGUUCACUCAGAAAAAAUUGCUGCUUUCUCUCCAAAAACAUCUCCUGGUCCCUGCACACAGUGUUCCUGUUCUUCUGCAAAAGAAAAUGGUAAAAAUGUUAGUAAUGCAAAGAGGAAGGAAAAUGGAGGAAAGCCACACAUCCCCAAAAUAUUUUUUGGAACUCGAACACACAAGCAAAUAGCUCAGAUUACUAGAGAGCUGCAGAGGACAGUGUACUCCAGUGUCCGUAUGACAAUUCUUUCUAGCCGGGAUCAUACCUGUGUUCAUCCAGUGGUAUCCAGAAGUAGUAACAGGAAUGAAAAAUGCGCAGACUUGCUGGAAGGAAAAAAUGGCGGGUCCUGUGUUUACUACCAUGGUGUCCAUAAACUUAGUGAACAUCAUGCUCUACAGUUUGCACGUAAGAAGUGUCAGGCUUGGGACAUAGAAGAUCUAGUAAGCCUGGGAAAGAAGCUACGUGCAUGUGCCUAUUUUGCUGCUCGAGAACUCAUGGUGGGGGCAGAUAUUGUAUUUUGUCCUUACAACUACCUGUUGGACCCACAAAUAAGAGAGAGUAUGGAGAUUAACUUAAAAGACCAAGUAGUAAUUUUAGAUGAAGCUCAUAAUAUUGAAGAUUGUGCACGGGAGUCAGCCAGUUACAGUGUUACAGAAACACAGAUGAGAUUUGCUCGAGAAGAACUUGAUAUCAUGGUCGUCAACAACAUCAGACGGAAGGACCAUGAUCCCCUGCGGGCUGUGUGCUACAGUCUGACAAAUUGGCUGCAGGAAAGCUCUGGUCAGCUUAAAGAAAGGGGAUAUGAAACCUCCUGUAAAGUUUGGAGUGGAAAGGAAAUGCUCACCAUUUUGCACAAUAUGGGAAUAACAAAUGCUACAUUUCCUAUCUUGCAGAAACAUUUUGCAGCUGUCCUUGAAAAAGAAGAAAAAGUAUCAAAUCUUCAUGAAGGAGAUGAGCUUAUUGAGGUUCCUAUUGUGAGCCCUGCCACUCAAAUUGUGCUAAAAGGGCUAUUCAUGGUUCUGCUAUAUCUUUUUAAAGAUAACAACAGAUUUGCAGAUGACUACAGAGUUGCUUUGCAACAAACAUAUGUUUGGACAAAUGAAAAGCAACUUGAUAUUCCAGAUAAAAAUGCUUUUUUUGUACAACCAAAACAUCAGAGGAGUUCACGGCAGAAAACAGCAGUCCAUACUCUUAACUUUUGGUGCUUGAAUCCAGCUGUGGCCUUUUCAGAUUUAAGUGGUAAUGUCAGGACAAUUGUUCUAACAUCUGGUACGCUCUCUCCAAUGGACUCAUUUUCUUCAGAACUUGGUGUGAAGUUUACUAUCCAGCUUGAGGCAAAUCAUGUUAUUCAUAACUCACAGGUUUGGGUUGGCACCAUUGGGGCAGGCCCCAAGGGUCGGAAGCUGCAUGCCACAUUCCAGCAUACAGAGACCUUUGAAUUCCAGGAUGAAGUGGGAGCACUUCUGCUUUCAGUGUGUCAAACUGUUGGCCAAGGGGUCUUAUGCUUUUUGCCAUCUUAUAAGUUGUUGGAUAAAUUAAAAGAUCGCUGGAUGCAUACUGGUUUAUGGAGAAACUUGGAGCUUGUUAAGACAGUCAUUGCAGAGCCUAAAGGAGGAGACAAAGCUGACUUUGAUGCACUGCUCCAAAUAUACUAUGAUGCAAUAAAAUAUAAAGGAGGAAAAGAUGGAGCACUUCUCAUAGCAGUAUGCAGAGGUAAAGUUAGUGAAGGCUUGGAUUUCUCUGAUGACAAUGCCCGUGCUGUCAUAACUAUUGGUAUUCCAUUUCCAAAUGUGAAAGACCUUCAGGUUGAGUUAAAGAGGAAAUACAAUGACCAGCACUCAAAGACAAGAGGCCUUUUACCAGGUAGCCAGUGGUAUGAAAUUCAAGCUUACAGAGCUCUCAACCAGGCACUGGGCAGGUGUAUUCGUCACAAAAAGGAUUGGGGUGCUCUUGUGUUAGUUGAUGAUCGCUUCAGGAGUAACCCUAAUAAAUACAUAACUGGAUUAUCCAAAUGGGUUCGUCAACAAAUCCAGCACCAUGAGAACUUUAGUACUGCACUUGAGUCGUUGGAUGCAUUUGCUAAAAAAAAUCAAGUGGGUGCUGGUUCUUCAACCCAGUGUAAUAGUGAAUCUCUGCUCAUACAUUCAAGUUCAAAAGAUCUGUCACCAACUUCGUUAUGGGAGGCAUCUAUUCAUCUGUCACCAGAUGUUCCUGUUGAAAGUAAGGUGCAGUAUUUGGUCCUGGAAGCUGAUUCGCCUACAGCAAUCAACACAGUUAAUCCUACAGCAUCCAGUCAAUCAAGUAACAGCAUGGCAACAAAGAAAAACGGUCAGAAUUUUGGUGUAGAAAAUCAUUCUCACCAAACAGUGCGGAGAGAAAAACAUAUGGAUUCCAAACCAAAAAGUCCUGCCAUCAAAAAAGAAAGAGAGAAAAGGAAUAGUUGGACUAAUGCUGACCUUAUGAAACAAUACUUCAGCAAUAAGCCACUGACUUCAACACCUCUGCCUGUGAAUGAAAAGCAAUGCAUCUCCAAAGCUAUGUGCAAACAAAAAAGGAGAACUAUUGAAUCUAGUCAGCCUGUUGUUAAUGAACGCCAGUGCCAGUUGUCAUUGCUUACAGAACAUACACUAAGUGGCCCAGCAUUACAACUGGAAACAAGUAGUUCCUCAAUAAAAAAGGGUGAAGCUGCAACUGCUGAAGAACAUCCUGCUGAACAGCAACUCUGCACUAAUAGAGUCAUAGAUCAAUGCAUUGAGUUAUCUCCAGUAAGAGGAAAAAUUGAACUUUCAAUGUUAAAUGUAGCCAGAGAAGCAGAAGCUGAGGAUGACAGUAUCUAUUUUACACCUGAACUUUAUGAUGAUAUAGAAUCAGAGGAACAGCAAAUUGAACCAUUAAUUCAAACGUGUAAUAAUACUGUGAAUCAGAAUGAACAUGGAGCUUGCAUUGUAGCUGAAGAUCUUUUUGAAAUCAGUACUUCAAAAGUAGUAAGCUCAAUUGGAGAAAUAAAAAGUAAUGAUAACAUGAACACAGAAUUAGCUAUAAUAAUGCAAAAUGACAAGAUUAAGGGUAAUACAGUUAGCGAUGCUGAAAGUAUUACUAGAGUAGGAGAAGUAGAACAGAAAAAAUAUCAGGAAAUGGACACCAGAAAAAAGAAAAGUAAACUUUCCAGAUCACGAAACAAAGGUGUGUCUUCCUUCUCAUUGAGCAGUACUAGUCCAUAG